AUGAGGAAGUUGUCUGAAAGUCCUACAGAGCUAAGGAUUGUGUUGCUCGGCAAGAAUGGCUCUGAGAAGAGUGCUGUUGGAAACGUCAUCCUGGAUAGAGGGGCAUUUGACCCCAACUAUGUACAAAGUCGCUGUAAGACAGCCAUGGGUCAAGUAGACGGAAGAGGCAUAGCUGUGAUCAACACUCCAGACCUGUUAGACCCUCACAUCUCACAUGACAAACUCUCAGAGGAACUGCGUUGGUGUGUCACUCUGUCUGACCCAGGACCUCAUGUGUUCCUGUUGGUCCUGCAGCCUGAGGAGUUCACACAACAAGAGGGAGACAGAAUAAUUCAGAUCCUAGACCGCCUCAGUGACCGGUCCUUUCACUACUCAAUGGUACUGAUAACUCGUGAAGACAGGAGGGGAGACAUGCAUGAGGAUCACCCUCUGAAUCAGAUGGUCAGAGAAUGUAGAGGGAGGCAGUACGUCAUGCACCUCAGUGACCGCGCUCAACUUAUGGCAGAUGUUGACAAGAUUGUAAAGGAGAAUGGAGGAGGCUAUCUCACCUGUGAGCUAUCUGAAGAUACUACAAGUGGUAUGGUACAAGGGAAAGAGGAAAUCCACAGGAGAAAAACUGAUGGCAGCCUCAAAUCUUCCUCUGAGGAAGAACUUGGAAAGGAUGUUUUGAAACAAGCAUCUCGUAAUCCCUUCUCUUAA